CGGCGUUCUGAGCCAGCUGAACCUCAGGGGGCCUGGAGGCCGCGCCGGGGCGUGGACACCACGUCGGCCUCCGCUGUGAACCCACUCCGGAACCUUCUCAGUAACCUCCCCUGGCCCUGGCCGCGCUCCCGGCCGCUAGGUGACCGGAAAGGAAGCACGUGCGGGAGCAGUGGGCGCGCGGUGUCCGCGUUGCCUCGCGCCCGGCUGGACGGAGGCUGCCUGCCGUGGCCGGCCCUCUGCUCCCUCAGGGAUCCGAGGCGGACGGGCCUCCCUUGCCGACCUGACCAGGCGCGUGGCCGGCACCUGUGCAGAGCACGUGUUCCCUGCCGCGCCCCCGGCGGGAGGAGCCCCAGCAACGAGUCAGCCGCGUUGCAAGAGCUGUCGCAAUCCGCAGGUAUGAAGAAUACUGUACGGGAUGAUAUUGAAGCCAUUCUGCAGAAGAGGAUUAUGGUGCUGGAUGGAGGGAUGGGGACCAUGAUUCAGCGGUACAAGCUCAGUGAGGAACACUUCCGAGAUGAGGAGUUUAAAGAUCAUGCCAGGUCCCUGAAAGGCAACAAUGAUAUUUUAAGUAUAACUCAGCCUGAUAUCAUUUACCAAAUCCAUAAGGAUUACUUGCUGGCUGGAGCAGAUAUUAUUGAGACAAAUACUUUCAGCAGCACUAGCAUUGCCCAAGCUGACUAUGGCCUUGAACAUUUGGCCUACAGGAUGAACAGGUGCUCUGCGAGAUUGGCCCGGAAAGCUGCCGAGGAGGUGACUCUCCAGACAGGAAUUAAGAGGUUUGUAGCAGGAGCUCUGGGCCCAACUAAUAAGACACUCUCUGUGUCUCCAUCUGUGGAAAGACCAGAUUACAGGAACAUCACAUUUGAUGAGCUUGUUGAAGCAUACCAAGAGCAGGCCAGAGGCCUUCUGGAUGGUGGGGUUGACAUCCUACUCAUUGAAACUAUUUUCGAUACUGCCAAUGCCAAGGCAGCCGUGUUUGCACUGCAGCAACUUUUUCAAGAGAAGUAUACUCCCCGACCUAUCUUUAUUUCAGGGACAAUUGUUGAUAAAAGUGGACGGACUCUUUCUGGACAGACAGGGGAGGCAUUUGUCAUCAGCGUGUCUCAUGCAGACGCCCUCUGCAUUGGGUUAAAUUGUGCUCUGGGUGCAGCUGAAAUGAGACCCUUUAUUGAAACAAUUGGAAAAUGCACAACAGCCUAUGUACUCUGUUAUCCCAAUGCAGGUCUCCCAAAUACCUUUGGUGACUAUGAUGAGACACCUGCCAUUAUGGCCACACACCUUAAGGAUUUUGCUAUGAAUGGCCUGGUCAAUAUAGUUGGUGGAUGUUGUGGUACAACACCAGCUCAUAUCAGGGAAAUCGCUGAAGCUGUGAAAAAUUGUAAGCCUAGAGUUCCCCCUGCAUCUCUUUUUGAAGGACACAUGCUACUCUCUGGUCUGGAACCCUUCAGGAUUGGACCAUACACCAACUUUGUUAACAUUGGAGAGCGCUGUAACGUUGCAGGAUCAAAGAAGUUUGCUAAACUCAUCAUGGCAGGAAACUAUGAAGAAGCCCUGACUGUCGCCAAAGAGCAGGUGCAGAUGGGAGCCCAAGUGCUGGAUAUCAACAUGGAUGAUGGCAUGCUAGAUGGUCCCAGUGCAAUGUCUAGAUUUUGCAACUUAAUUGCUUCUGAACCUGAUAUCGCCAAGGUGCCCUUGUGCAUUGACUCUUCCAAUUUUGCUGUGAUUGAGGCUGGGUUAAAGUGCUGCCAAGGGAAGUGCAUUGUUAACAGCAUUAGUCUGAAGGAGGGGGAAGAUGACUUCUUGGAGAAGGCCAGAAAGGUCAAGAAGUUUGGUGCUGCUGUUGUGAUUAUGGCUUUUGAUGAAGAAGGACAGGCAACAGAAACGGAUGUUAAAAUCAGAGUAUGUACUCGGGCUUACCAUCUACUUGUGAAAAAGCUGGGCUUUAAUCCCAAUGACAUUAUCUUUGACCCCAAUAUCCUCACCAUUGGUACUGGGAUGGAAGAACACAACUUGUAUGCUAUUAAUUUUAUCCAUGCAACAAAAGUCAUUAAAGAAACAUUGCCUGGAGUCAGAAUAAGUGGAGGCCUUUCCAACUUGUCCUUUUCCUUCCGAGGAAUGGAAGCCAUUCGAGAAGCAAUGCAUAGUGUUUUCCUUUACCAUGCAAUCAAGUUUGGUAUGGACAUGGGGAUAGUGAAUGCCGGAAACCUCCCUGUAUAUGAUGAUAUUCACAAGGAACUCCUCCAGCUCUGUGAAGAUCUCAUCUGGAAUAAAGACCCUGAGGCCACUGAGAAGCUCUUACGCUAUGCCCAGACUCAUGGCAAAGGUGGAAAAAAAAAUGUCCAGUCUGAUGAGUGGAGGAAUAAUUCCAUUGAAGAACGCCUGGAGUAUGCCCUUGUGAAGGGCAUUGAAAAAUAUAUCAUCGAGGAUACUGAGGAAGCCAGAUUAAAUCAGGAAAAAUAUCCCCGGCCCCUGAAUAUAAUUGAAGGACCUUUAAUGAAUGGCAUGAAAGUUGUCGGCGAUCUUUUUGGAGCUGGAAAAAUGUUUCUACCUCAGGUUAUAAAGUCGGCUAGAGUCAUGAAGAAAGCUGUUGGCCACCUUAUCCCCUUCAUGGAAAAAGAAAGAGAAGCAAACAGAAUACAGAAUGGCACCUUAGAGGAAGAGGACCCUUACCAAGGCACCAUUGUGCUGGCUACUGUUAAAGGUGACGUGCAUGACAUAGGCAAGAACAUAGUUGGAGUAGUCCUUGGCUGCAAUAAUUUCAGAGUUAUUGAUUUAGGAGUCAUGACUCCCUGUGAUAAGAUAUUGAAAGCUGCUCUUGACCACAAAGCAGAUAUAAUUGGACUAUCAGGACUCAUCACUCCUUCCCUGGAUGAAAUGAUUUUUGUUGCCAAGGAAAUGGAGAGAUUAGCUAUAAAGAUUCCUUUGCUGAUUGGUGGUGCAACCACUUCUAGAACUCACACAGCAGUUAAAAUAGCUCCAAGAUACAGCGCUCCUGUAAUCCAUGUCCUGGAUGCAUCCAAGAGUGUGGUGGUGUGUUCUCAACUGUUGGAUGAAAAUCUGAAGGAUGACUACUUUGAGGAAAUCAUAGAAGAAUAUGAAGAUAUUAGACAGGACCAUUAUGAAUCUCUCAAGGAGAGGAGAUACUUACCCUUAAUUCAAGCCAGAAAAAAUGCUUUCCAGAUUGAUUGGCUGUCUGAGCCUUACCCAGUGAAGCCCACAUUCAUUGGGACCCAGGUCUUUGAAGACUAUGACCUGCAGAAGCUGGUGAACUACAUUGACUGGAAGCCUUUCUUUGAUGUCUGGCAGCUCCGGGGCAAGUACCCAAAUCGAGGCUUUCCCAAGAUAUUUGACGACAAAACAGUAGGUGAAGAAGCCAGAAAGGUUUAUGAUGAUGCCCAGAACAUGCUAAACACAGUGAUUAGUGAAAAGAAACUCCAAGCCAAAGGCAUCGUCGGAUUCUGGCCAGCGCAGAGUGUCCAAGACGAUAUCCACCUGUAUGCAGAGGACGCAGUGCCUCAGGCUGCAGAGCCCAUAGCCACCUUCUAUGGGUUGAGGCAACAGGCUGAGAAAGACUCUGCCAGCACUGACCCAUACCACUGCCUCGCGGAUUUCAUAGCUCCUCUGCAUACCGGCAUCCAGGACUACCUGGGCCUCUUUGCAGUUGCCUGUUUUGGGGUGGAAAAGCUGAGCAAGGCCUAUGAGGAGAAUGGAGAUGACUACAGCAGCAUCAUGGUCAAGGCGCUGGGGGAUCGACUGGCAGAGGCUUUUGCAGAAGAGCUCCAUGAAAGGGUUCGCAGAGAGCUGUGGGCUUACUCUUCCAGUGAGCAGCUGGAUGUUGCCGACCUGCGCAGGCUGCGCUAUGAGGGCAUCCGUCCAGCUCCCGGCUACCCCAGCCAGCCUGACCACACUGAGAAGCUCACCAUGUGGAGACUCGCCAACAUUGAGGAGUCUACAGGCAUUAGGCUAACAGAAUCAUUAGCCAUGGCACCUGCUUCAGCGGUAUCAGGGCUCUACUUCUCCAACUUGAAAUCCAAAUAUUUUGCUGUCGGAAAAAUUUCCAAAGAUCAGAUUGAGGAUUAUGCUCUGAGGAAGAAAAUGUCUGUGGCUGAGGUUGAGAAAUGGUUGGGGCCCAUUCUUGGAUAUGAUACAGAGUAACUUUUUUUCUUAACUUUUCUGUACUUGAUGAUCCUUAAGGAAAUGUACAGAAUGCCUUAAAAACCAUAAGCAACAGCCAACCUGGGAGCCUUGUCUUUUCAGUGCCUUGUUUUUGCGUUUCAAAGACUUCUGUGGAAUGCAGCAGGGGAGCUGGAUCUUUAGAUGGUUUCCAAAGCAAGUGCCGUCCUUGGGGACCCUGAAAUGAAGAGCAGUCCUGGCCAGUUGAGCUCUGCAGAUGUCUGCUCCCUUGGGACAGGCUGGAGCUAGAGGUCUUUUGCAUUUCAAAACAAGUCUACCUGCUUUCUUUUCAUUUUUACCUGGGAUCUGAGCAGAUUUAUUUAUGAAAUGGGGUUUUAUACCUAUCUUUCUUGCCACCAGUGACCUCUUAAUUAAGUGUAAGAUCCAGUGAUUUUUCUGAUCUUUUGCUUUUUAAUUCUUCCUCUGUGGUUUUGAACAGUGUAAACUCCUUUUUU